GUCUUUUGAAGUCUUCUGCCUGACUAAGACAACCACAAUGAAAUUCUACGCCGUUAUUCUCUUGCUGGUGGUAGUGUUUGUAGCUAACAGCGAUGCAUUCUGGAAGAAAAGAUGCAAGAAGUGUAAGUGGGGACGCGGAUACGGGGGAGGCGGCGGUGGCGGCGGAGGUGGAGGUUAUGGCGGAGGGUACGGCGGAGGGUAUGGUGGCGGUUAUGGUGGCGGAUACGGCGGAGGAUAUGGUGGCGGAUACGGCGGCGGAUACGGCGGAGGGUAUGGUGGCGGGUACGGCGGAGGUUAUGGUGGUGGUGGCGGUGGCGGCCGCGGCUGGAAGAAAUACUAAGUGACGAGUUGUCAGAUGCAGGCGAUGCGUUUUUCAACGACUGGCAAACGGAUAAGACACCUAACCGACACAUUGUUUUGAUGCUUUAAAAUGUUUAAUAAAUAGAUUCAGUUUA